CCCCAUACCCCGGAUCCCAAAGACACAUGCAGGGGCGCUAAAUCAGGCGUGUCUGGAAGCAACACCUCAUCGUUGUUCAACGAGUCCUUUAGUAUCACGCGACGAUUCGUAUUUUGCUUCCAUGACUGCCGGUCGACUUGUCCAUAAAACUCUGUUCAAGCGCUGACCUUGACUUAUCCUCUAUUCAGCACAUCUCUGGGGGCUUUCGCAGCUAUCGACGACUUGAACAGAAACCUGGCGGCCUACAUCUAUCACACACCCGUCCAUGACCCAUCAGAACAAACAUGGGACCUGGCAGCAAUGUUGAGGGUCCUUUCGUGACCGCUAUGCCAGAAGGCACGGUAGAUCCGAGGAAAUGGUGGAGGUCUAAAAAUCUUCGCACUCUGAAUUUGCUUUUAGCAUUUCCAAUGCUGUCCAUUUUCACUCAAGGUUUUGACGGCUCCAUGAUGAACGGCCUUCAGUCAGUCGAGAACUGGCGGAACUACUUUGGAGAACCCAAAGGAUCGACUCUGGGUCUCUUCAACGCUGCCUAUCCUAUCGGAGCCCAUGGUACCUUCCCAUUACUCCUUAUCAGCCUUUGCUGUUCCAACAGUCUGGCAUGCGGCGCAACGCUCUGCAUCAUUGGCUCUGUGGUCCAAGCCUCAGCCCAAAACCUCGUCAUGUUCGUCAUCGCUCGCGGUAUCCUCGGUUGUGGCACCGUUUUUCUUGGAGCUUCAGGAGCUCCAUUGAUCACAGAGAUUGCACACCCCGCCCACAGAGCUACCGCAACCGCUUUGUUCAACACCUCAUAUUCUCUUGGUGCCAUCGUAGCGGCAUGGACAACCUUUGCGAGCUUCCGUAUUGACUCGACAUGGUCGUGGCGUAUCCCAUCGGCAAUCCAGGGGCUGCCAUCCAUCAUCCAGCUCUUGGGUCUAUAUUCUGUUCCCGAGAGUCCGCGUUGGCUCUCAACGGCAACUUGGGGUUGUACAUCACCGAGAUUCUUCCUUACAGCCUCCGCAUGCGUGGUACAGCCUGUUUCCAGCUGUUCUCCACAUGCUUCUCCCUUAUUUCAACCUACGUUGUUCCCAUUGGUCUUGACAGAAUGGCAUGGAAGCUUUAUACCAUCUUCAUUCCUUGGGUUCUUGUCGAGAUUAUUGUCUUGUGGUUUGUUUACCUCGAGACCAAAGGCCCUUUCUUGGAAGAAAUUGCUCUCAUCUUUGAUGGGCCUGCUAUGGAUGUGUGGGCAGUACACACUGCACAUCUGGACCAACGAGGCAAGCAAUGAGGCAAUACGACUGGUAUUGACGGUUGGUUGGUGA